AUGUCUGGACCACCUCAUAAGAAGCUGUCUGGUACAGGUUUCAAAAGGAAACGGACACUUAGAGAAGAAGAGGAACAAAAAACAGCUCAUUCAUUAAACAAAUUCUUCAAUGUUGACCAGAAGCAGAAAGCCACACAAUCUAAUGACGAACCAGAUUGUGAAGUUGAAGAGAAUCCUGUGCAGAUGGAUAGCGAUGAAGGACCUUCAACAACCAUGACAGUGGAUGCUUCAACAUCAACCACUGUUUGUGAGCAAUCUGUUGAAGAAAAAAGUGACACAGAUAUUGAAGAAGUGAACUCUCCAAAAUCACCUGAACUACAAGAAAAAGAUCACUGCAUUACCACUGGAUUUCUUAGAUCCAGCAGACUGGCCAGAUGUCAUCUCUACCUCAUUUUGGGAUACCAUCGUAAUGAAGGGGCCUGCAAAGCCAAAUGA